AUAUAUAUCCAGCUAGCUAGCUGGGCACCUUAGGUCAUCAUAUUCAUAAAGAACGCUCGUUAGGCCAAAAUUCGGUACAGAAUUUACAGAAGGGUAAGCGGCCAUGGAGAGCACAGAUUCGUCGUCAGGCGGCUCGCAGCACCCGCAGCUGCCGCCGGGCUUCAGGUUCCACCCCACCGACGAGGAGCUCGUAGUUCACUACCUCAAGAGAAAGGCUGCCUCCACCCCCUUGCCCGUCACGAUUAUUGCCGAGGUUGAUCUCUACAAGUUCGAUCCUUGGGAGCUACCAAGUAAGGCGACGUUUGGCGAGCAAGAAUGGUACUUUUUCAGCCCUAGAGAUCGCAAGUACCCAAACGGCGCCAGGCCUAACCGGGCGGCCACCUCCGGGUACUGGAAGGCAACCGGAACCGACAAGCCGAUACUUACAUCGAAUGGAAACCACAAGGUCGGAGUGAAGAAGGCGCUUGUUUUCUAUGGUGGAAAGCCCCCGAAAGGGAUCAAAACCAACUGGAUCAUGCACGAGUACAGGCUUGUGGAUAAUAAUUCUGCCGCGAGACCUCCCGCUAACGAUCCACCCAGCAAGAAGGGCUCUCUAAGGCUUGAUGAUUGGGUGCUUUGCCGGAUCUACAAGAAGAACAAUAUUAGGCCGAUGGAGAGGGAAAAGGAAGAGUCAUAUCAUGAUGAAUUAUCAGCCUCAAGGGCUGGUAACUACGGUUCAUUGCUUGAACAAGAAGCGAACUUCUUCCAAGGGAUUACAUUAACAGGAAAUGGCAUGCUAAACAGCUCGAAAACAGAUGUGUCCUUGGCUUCGACAAGUCCCCCGAUGAAGAGAACGCUCCCGAACCAGUACUGGAACGAGCCGGGCUCCCAGGGAAAGAGGUUUCAUGGCGAUUACAACACCGACGCGAGCACUGGUCUAGAUGGGAACAGCUCCUCCUCUUUCGUUUCUUUGCUCAAUCAAAUUCCUGCAGAAGGUGCCAAUUCUUUUCAUCCCCACUCGCUUGUUGGUUCACUUGGCGAGGGGAUCUUGCGCCAAAACUACCACCACCUCCCCGGCAUGAACUGGAAUUAGCUAGAUAGAAGAAACGCGGGAUCCAAAACAACACGACUGCUGGCAAUUACGCUUAUUGAAUGAACAUCCAUCUCAUACGCCCAUGAUGCAUCAGCUGUACGUGUAUAUACAUACAUAGGUAUUCAAGGCGAAGAGGACCCAAGUUCAUGAUCACAGCAGUUGAAGUUUGGAAUUUCAGGUGAAUUAGCUAGUCAUAUUCGUAUAUAACUUCAGGUUUUAUAUACCUCAUUCCGUUAAUCAUAUAUAUAAACAUUAUAAGUAUGAUCAGAAACACAGAAAAUCAUUUAAUCAUCAGGUAUUAAUUAGAGAAGUGACUUCUCAUGAGAAUUAACUGUCACAUAUAUGGUGGAUAUCUUUAUAUACACAUAUAUAUAUAUAUAUAUAUAGAAGGUUGAUCUUCAAAGAGAGUGCCUUUGUACAGUGUUGCUACAGUUCUUUCUGCCUGCUUAAACUCGAUAAAAAAAUUAAUUUUCAGUGCCACCAAAGCCAUGUUUUCAUCUCUCUCUCUCUCUCUAUAUAUAUAUCUCUACGAACACAAACAAAUAUAUAUUCACUAAAAUCACAGAAGGUAUGGCAUCAUGUUGCUUUCGGCUCUCUUUCAUCUCUUAUCUUUUUAUCAGAAACUAUGUUAAAUGCAUCCAUCACUUUAGGACAACGUGACAAAAUCCUACUUCCCCUUUCUUUGAUCACAUUCCAUUCCCUUUAGAUUAGAAUUAGACAUAAUAUAAAAAUCCAUGAGCAUUUAAGUCAAAUUUGAAUAUAACUUACUCUUCUCCUAAUUUGAUUUGUCAUAUAGUAACCUUUGAUCAUAUAAGAUUAAAUGUUUUUAUGGCCAUAUUAGGAUCCUAUUAAAUUAUCAAUAUCAAAGACUAUUCAAAUCCUUGACGUGGGUUGAAGAUACUGGGUGGCCUCUUGAAUUUGGAAAUUUUAAUUAAACUCGAUAUGGGUACAGGUCAAGUUAUCUAGAAAUAAUUUGUUCAUUCGUUUGAACGUCAGAUUUAAGCAAACU